GGGGGGUCCGGGGGAUCUCCCUCGGGACGCUUAUACUGAUAUAGUGAUUGAGGUCGACCAGGAAGUGUAAUCACUUUCCCUGUGCAAUAUCACUUCAAUAAGUCCGUAUUUUGCCCCUGUACCAAGGUUCUUACCCGACGGACAGCAUCCAUACAAGGGGGACGGCAUUCAGGGCGCACCCGGCGUUCAAGAGCCAAGCGAAUGGCGUUCGGGGCCGGCAUCCGCCAACGCCUGCUCCGGUUCGCGUACUUAAGACAAUCCAGGCCGUCGCAGGCAGUCUGGUCCUUCCAACCACGAAAACAGUUUCACAUUGAUAAUGGCGUACUCCAGCCAGGAAACGCGGUCAUCGAAAAGCUACCACGCCGUCACCAUGGGUCAAGACAGCAGCCAGCCGGGGCUGCUAGCCUUCAGCGCGACGCCCUGGGACCAGAAUCAGGGCCACGACCAGGAGCAGGACUGUCAUGGCGAGAAGCCCGCGCGCACGGACGGCGGCGAGUACGAGCCCGAGUGGGUGCAGGGGGUGACGCUGGUUAUGGUGAACACGGGGAUCACGCUGGUGGUGUUUCUGAUGUUACUGGAUGUGUCGAUUGUGUCGACGGCGAUUCCGAAGAUCACGAAUCAACUCAACUCGUUGGAGGAUGUAGCGUGGUAUGGGAGUGCGUAUACUAUCUCGAGUGCAACCCUCCAACCCCUGACCGGCAAGUUCUACACGUACUUCUCGUUGAAAUGGACGUUCCUGUCGUUCUUCGCGCUGUUCGAGUUGGGCUCGCUGGUCUGCGGCGUGGCCACCUCGUCGAAGAUGCUGAUCGUCGGGCGCGCGGUGGCCGGCAUGGGCUCUUCGGGGAUGCUGAACGGGGCGUUGAACAUCCUGGCGGGCGCGGUGCCGAACGAGAAGCGCCCGGCGAUAAUCGGGGUGAUCAUGGGCGUCGGUCAACUGGGCCUCGUAGGUGGGCCGCUGGUUGGCGGCGCCUUCACGACGUACUCGACCUGGCGUUGGUGUGACGCAGGCUUCUACAUGAACCUGCCAAUCGGCGCAAUGGUGGGGGGCCUGCUCCUUUUCACGCGCAUCCCAGACCAGAAGCCCAAGGCGCCGGCGCGCGAGGUGCUCCAGUCGGUGUUCUUGCGGAAGUUCGACCUGGUGGGAUUCGUGCUGUUCGGGCCGGCGUCGAUCAUGCUGCUGCUGGCGCUUCAGUACGGCGGCAAUCGGUACGCGUGGGACAGCGCGACGGUGAUCGGGCUGUUCGUGGGCGCGGCCGUGACGUUUGCGGUGUUCGCGCUGUGGGAGCGCCGCAUGGGCUCCGAGGCCAUGAUCCCCGGCCACCUCGUCGCCAACCAGAUCGUGCUGUGUAGCAGCCUGCUGGCCAUGGUCAUCUUCGGCUUCACCAUGACCCUGUCUUACUACCUGCCCAUUUACUUCCAAUCCGUGCGCGGCAAAUCCGCCCUCGUCAGCGGUGUCAACCUGCUCCCGAACAUCCUGUGCCAGCUGGUCAUGGCUGUCGUGUCUGGCGUGCUGACAUCCAAACUCGGCUACUACCUCCCCUGGGGCGUACUCGGCGCCAUCCUCGACGCCGUCGGCAACGGCCUCCUCUCCACCCUGGGCCCGCACACUUCCGUGCCCCGCUGGGCCGGCUAUCAGGCCCUCGUCGGCUUCGGCCGAGGCGCCAUCUCCCAAAUCAGAAAGCCAAUGAUCGCAAUCCAGAACAACGUAACCGAAAACGACAUCUCAACAGCAAUGGCAAUGAUGACGUGCGCGCAGACGUUCGGCGGCGCGAUCUUCCUAGCCGUGGCGGAGGUGAUCUUCGCGCAGGGGCUGCGCACGAAAAUUUCGGAAUUCGCGCCGGGCGUUGACGCGGAGGCCGUGAUCCAGGCGGGUGCAACGGGGUUCCGGGCUGUGGUGGAUGCGCGGGAUUUACCGGCUGUGCUGGUCGCGUAUGCGAAGAGCGUGGAUGAGGUGUUUUAUCUUGCGACGGCGCUGUCGAUGGUGCAGUUUGGGUUUGUGUGGGGAGUUGGGUGGCGGAGUGUCAAG